AUGGGGAGGGAGUUGGAGAUUGUGAGACUGGAAGAGGCGGCCAGGUUGCCACCCUUUUCACAGCUGAAGACGCCUUAUCAGGCGGCCUUGGAUGAAGACUGGGGGGCCAUGGCGAGGUUCUACGAAAAAUAUCCAGAGCACCUCCUUGAUAAUCUGACGGUCGACAAAGACACUGCAUUUCAUAUUGCAGUAUAUAGUGGAGAAACGAAAUUGCUUCAACAAUUACUUGGUCUCCUAAAAAGACCCCCCGAAAUAUCGAAAGCCUUGUCUAACAAGAACAGUCACGGUAACACUGCUAUUCACGAGGUGGCCUCAACCGACAAUGUUGAAGCAGCAGAGCUCUUGAUUAGUAAACUUCGGGAGGUCCAUGGAAACAAUCUGGAGACCCAGCUGGGAGAGAGACUCGAGGAUCGGAACCAACUAGGGGAAACCCCACUCUAUAGGGCUGCCGCCCUCGGUCGGACAAAAAUGCUCAAAUUUUUGGCUAAAAGAGUUGGCAAUGAUCUAAGUGUUCACUUCAAAAGAAAUGACGACAUGUCCAUUCUCCAUAUAGCUGUCUUAGGCCGACACUUUGAUACCGCCAUUUGGUUACUAGAAAAGGACGAGGGACUUGGAGCAAGAAAGGGAGUCAAUGACAUGACAUGUCUUCACCUGCUGGCGAAAAUGCCAUCUGCUUUCAAGAGUUCAUCCCGCAUAAGCAAAAUGAAGACUCUCCUCUAUGAUUUACACUCAAAACGCAUGAUCGAUCUUGUCAUAGGCCUUCCUGCAUAUCAGCAUGAUGAUGAUGGCGAUAGUGAUGAUGAUGAAGCCCAAACACUCUCAAGUCGAAUGGGAGAUUUGGAGAGUGGCCAAGGCACUAGUACCUUCUGCCAAUUUCAUAAACAUCCAUCUGAAUGGACGGCUAUCGAUAAACUUUGGAAGAUGAAGGGAACGCAUACAGCAGCUCUACAACUCACCAAAUUGCUAGCGAAAAUGGAUACUACAUGGGAAAACAGUUUUAUCGCAGAGGACAAGACGAUUUCCUUAGAGAAAUCGGACUGUAAUUUGGACGACGAUGCUAUUAAAAAAGAAGGGGAACAAUCCAACAGUACCACAGAAGGAGGUAAAGGAGGAGGGGGAUCCUAUGGGAGAUAUCGGACGAUUAAUUACAGUACCCCAUUGCUUAUUGCUGCUAGCGAAGGAAUAAGAGAAAUAUUUGAUGAGAUACUUAAAGUGCAUCCUCAGGCAAUUGAGCACGUUACUCAGGAUGAGGAAAACAUAUUGCACGUGGUCAUUAGAUACCGUCAAAGGGAAAUCUUUCGCCUUGUAAAGGAGAUGAAAAAAAUAAUGGACUCUAGGUUGUCUUCAAGGAUUGAUGGGAGAAGCUACACCAUAUUGCAUCAUGUUGCCGACAUGACCAAGUAUGAUGGAGGAACCAAACCUGGUCCUGCACUCCAAUUGCAAGAGGAGUUGAAAUGGCUUGAGCGUGUGCGAAAGAUAAUGCCUUCCCAUUAUGUCAUGCACCGUAACUAUGACGAUGUGACUGCAGACGAGCUCUUCAAAGAGACACAUGCUGAACUUCUCAAGAAGGCCCAAAAAUGGAUAAAGGAGACCUCUCAGUCGUGCUCUGCGGUUGCUGUCCUUGUCGCCACUGUCGUUUUCGCGACUGCCUACACCGUCCCGGGAGGCAAUGAUGACACGGGUCGUCCAAUUUUCCUUCACUCUCCCUUCUUCUUAUUCUUCACCAUCAUGGACGUUGUCUCCCUUGCAAGCUCCUUGACUUCUGUCGUAAUGUUCCUAUCGAUUCUCACAUCUCCUUUUGAGCAACAAAAUUUCCUCAAAUCUCUCCCUCGGAAGCUCAUGGUGGGGUUCGCCUUGCUCUUCUUCUCUGUGACAACAACCAUGCUUUCGUUCUCGGCAACCAUUCUGCUCAUCAUUCGCCUUGAGAAGAAAAAAUGGACUUCCACUCUAAUUUACACUGCGGCAUUCCUUCCUGUUGCUGUGUUUGCACUUAUGCAGUUCCCCUUAUACAUUGCAUUCACCAGUAGUUUGCAGUCCCUUUCAAAGAAAAUAAUGAAGAAGCUUCGUCGCUUGAAUCUCCUCCCUCGUUUCUCCAAAACCUCUAAGGGCAAGAUCUAUUGA